UGGUCUGGGAUUUCUGUGACGACAUCAGUGUGACGACUUCAGCUGGGUUCUGUAUUUAUGUUAGGAGAAGAACCGAGAGAGGAGUUAGAUGUGUGUGUGUUUUGCAAAAGUCGGUCAGCUGGUAAUUUGUGCGUAAGUGUGUGUGAGAGUGUGUGUUUUAGAAAACAUCUGGACCGGAUCAGAUCAGAACUUUUUUUUUUCUCAUCGGGGUGGUCAGUAUCGAGUCCCGGGCGUCGUGGCGAUGCACAUCGUGGUGGAGUUCUUCGUGGUUUGCGUGAAGGUGCUGUGGUCGUUCGCGGCGGCGGCGGCGCGGUGGCUCGUGAAGCCGCGGGAGAAGCACGUGCGAGGCCGCGUGUGCGUGAUCACCGGGGCCGGAAGCGGACUGGGCCGCCGGUUUGCGCUGCAGUUCGCGCGCCGCGGCGCCGCGCUCGCGCUCUGGGACAUCAACCGCGCCGCCAACGAGGAGACCGCCGAGCUCGUGCGCGAGGUCUACAGACAGAACAGCGCCGCCGACAACUGCAACACCUGCACUGGUUCAGACAUCAGCUUGAAGGAGACGUCACCCAUCUUCCAGCCACGUGUUAACACGUACGUGUGUGACGUGAGUAAGCGUGAGAGUGUAUACGCUACGGCCGAGCGGGUCAGGAAAGAGCUUGGAAAUGUCACGUUCCUGGUGAACAACGCAGGCGUGGUUUCAGGACGUCACCUCCUGGAAUGUCCUGAUGAACUGAUUGAGAGGACCAUGAUGGUCAACUGCCAUGCCCACUUCUGGACCACGAAAGCUUUUCUCCCGAAGAUGCUGGAGCUGAACGAGGGCCACAUCGUGACCGUGGCCAGCUCUCUGGGUCUCUUCACUACGGCCGGCGUAGAGGAUUACUGCGCCAGUAAAUUCGGCGCCAUCGGCUUUCACGAGUCCCUGAGCCACGAGUUAAAGGCGUCUAACAAAGACGGGAUCAAGAUGACCCUGGUGUGUCCGUUCCUGGUUGAUACGGGGAUGUUCAAAGGCUGUGAAAUCAGGAAGGAAAUCGCUCCGUUUUUCCCUCCGCUGGACCCCGAGCACUGCGUAGAAAGAGCCAUGAGAGCCAUUCUGACGGAUCAGCCGAUGGUGUGCACGCCACGUGCCAUGUAUGUCGUCACGUUCAUGAAAACGAUUUUGCCGUUCGAUGCCAUCGUGUGCAUGUACCGCUUUCUCGGGGCCGAUAAGUGCAUGUACUCGUUCCUGGCGCACCGAAAGGAAUCCACCAACAACAACGAGUCCAAGAUCAGCAUAUAGACCCUCUGGAUCUUCUCACACGUUGCUGAAUCGCCUCAUGCCUCAAACCUCGUGUUUAUUCGGGGGAAAAAUCGGAACUCCUACUUCUUUUUUCAUAAGUUACUUGUUUAUUAUAGUUUACGUCUAAUAACGGAAUCAUGUGCAGAUUAGACAGAUUAGACAUGCCCUGAUGUUGUAUCUUCUACACCUUUAUAAUCACCUACGUUUCUUUUAGAAAAAAAAAAAUCUUACAGGAAAUUAAUUUGGUGUUAUAUUAUAACAAAAUCGACAAACCAAUCAGAUUUCAGAAUGCAAAUGAAUCCCUGGUGGGGAAUCGAAUUUUUUUAUUUGAACAACAUUUUCAAUGUUUUUUUUCAGCAGUGUUUAUUAGAUUACUUUUAACAUAACCCUGGUCUUCUCCUGUCUUCAUUAACCGUAAAUAAACUCACAACACUGGGUGCAUAGAAUUAUGGAAUAUCGUCCUCCGAUCAGGACACGUUUUAAUUUUGUCUAGACGACGUCUGGCCUGGUCCGGGCAGCAAUAUUGAUGCAUUAAUGAUCAGCUUGAUUAUUUAAUAAUGCAGUAUGUUACUGUAAUAGUGUACAGUCUCUUUUUAU